AGCCUCCUCGCUUACCCAUAAUCUUCCCCUUUCCUCCGUCCGGUUGCGCUUCCGUUCCUAUCCCCGCGAGAUCGAUCGCCGCCACGUUUUUGUGAACGAUCGCGUUUCCGGUUGCGAAAUCAUUGCGGAUCGAUCUUCCUACCGCCUAGUGGCCUCUCCUGACCUCUUCAACCGAUCUCAGAAUCGCCUUACACGGAAGCCUUCGGCCUCGGAAUCGACAUCUAGAACUCGUCGCUCUUGGGAUCUAAACGUGCGAGCUGUGAGUUCACCGGAUCCAUCCGGAUUAACUCCCCUAAGGUCCCCGGCUCUAUGCUCUUCGCCGGAUCCAAUCUGUUGUUCUUGAAUCAUAGCGAGGAGAAACCACUAGAUCUUAUGGCGAGGGAACGCCCACGCGGAGGGCGUGCGUUGGAUGGGGAGACGUCUGAUGUUGACUCAUCGGAGUCGCUGGAGGAGAUCUCGGCAGAAGAUUUCAAGCAGGAAGGAAGGGCUGGGAGAUCUAGGGUUUGGAUGGGGUAUCCGAUGUCGAAGAACUACGGCCCCAGUCUGUAUAACUUUGCGUGGGCGCAGGCCGUGCAGAAUAAGCCUUUGGGAUUAGAUUUGAAGCCAAUGAGUGCUGGCGAUCUCACUGACAACGUCGAUGCCAAGGGUAAACCGCAGGAGGAAGCUUAUGAUGUGAUUGUAGAAGAUAGUAGCCAGGAGGGUGACGUUGAAAUGGAGAAGGAGGAAGGGGAGUUGGAGGAAGGGGAGAUUGAGCUUGGGUCAGAGCCGUUGGUGGUUGACGAAACUACUCAGCUGUCUUCAGAUAUACCUGAAAAUGAGCCAGAAAAGAAGGAAUCAGAUGGAGAAGAGUUGCAAGAUAUCAGUGAAUUUGACAAGCGUAUAAGCUUAAUCCUGGAAGAGCUAGAUACGAUUACUGUGGAGGAGGCUGAGACAUCCUUUGAAGCUGUAUGUUUAAGGUUGCGCAAGUCUUUUGAAGACCUGAAGCCGAUGUUUACUGGCAUAGAGAGUUCAGAUACAGUCCUGCUUGUUCUAGUCCAGCAGGCUGUUAUGGCAAUCCAAACAACUUAUUCUGCACUCAAUUCAGUUACAAUGCAGAAGAAGGACCAGAACAAGCAACUUCUUUUGAGGUUACUGAUUCACAUAAAGAACCAGUAUUCUGUUCUUUUUACUCUAGAACAAGUGAAAGAGAUUGAUACUCUGGUUAAUUCACUUGUUUUCGAGGAUAAUAAAAAGGAGAAAGCAGAUCUUACUAAUGGUCCUGUUGUCUCUCUUCAUGGUUCAAAUGUUUUGGAGAAAGCCUGUUUGGUUCCAGAAGCACUUGAUUUGCCAAAGUUGGUGUUACCUACACGCUCCAAAAAUAGGGUAGACUUUAGUCCACUGUUGGAUCUUCAUGCAGAUUACAAUGAAGAUAGUCUUCCUUCGCCUACGAGAGAGAAUCUACCAAAGUUCUCUAUACCAAAACCCAUUGGUCUUGGAAUGGUGCUGCCCGUAUCUUCUCAGCCAAUAACUGCUAAAAAUGGAGGUGAAGAUGUUAUGUUACAUCCAUAUGUAACUGAUGCACUAAAGGCUGUCUCAUCCUACCAGCUUAAAUUUGGCAGUAAUUCUAUUUUGUCAACUGAUCGGCUUCCAAGCCCAACUCCCUCAGAGGAUGGUGGCCAAGGAGAUGAUUCCACCGAGGAAGUAUCCAGUUCUACAGUUUCUUGUAACCCAAGAGCUGUUCAUGCGGCAACUCAAUUUCAGAUGGUCAAAUCUAGGAGCAGUGCUCCAUGUACAAAUAGCUCAAUUAGCAACCAAUCUCAUCCGGUUGAGCAGCUCAACCCCAUGUCAAAACCUGCUUUAAAACCUGCAUUAAAGAGGAGAGAUCCAAGGCUUAAGUUUGUGAACAAUGAAGUGAAAAGUAUUUCUGAUGAGGGAAGAGUUACAGAACCUGAUCUACUCAAGAGUGAUCCAGUAGGAGUGGCUACAAAUAGUAAGAAGCAUAAGACAGAUGAGUCUGUAGCUAGGGACCAUAUGAUGAAAAAACAAAGACAUAAGCUUACAACUUCCAGAGAAAUGGAGACGGCAUCAGGGAGUGGGUGGUCAGAAGCCAAGAAUGUUAUCCCUCAACCAAGUUUCAAGAUCCAAGUGAAUGAAAAUUUUCAGGUUGAUGUUAGAAAAUCAGGAACUGCAGCAGCUGUUCCUGAUAAAAAACCAAUUUUUGAUAAUAAUUUUGACGAGUUAAGUGGGCUUAGAUCAAUUCCUAAAAGUAAUCCCACUCCCACUAUUUCGUUGCCUUCUUUACUAAAAGCUGUAAACCCAACCAUUCUUAUGCAACUACAUCAAAUGGAACAGCAGAGGAUAGCAGCAGAGAAUCAGAAGAAAAAUGCUGUUUCAACAAGUGACAGUGCAAAUGUUUUGAGUGUUAAUGAACUGCCAGGAACAGCUGCUUCAAUAAAUUCGACUCCACUUAAGUCAAAAGAAUCUGGACUUAACCAACCUGGAAUAUCUCUGAUCCCUUCACAGAUGGCUUCUUCGAGCACCCAACCUGAUGUUGCGAGAAUUCGCAUGAAACCUCGUGAUCCCCGCCGUAUUCUCCAUGAUAGUAUGGUUCAGAAGAAUGAUGGUGUUGUAUAUCAACAAAGCAAAAUAGAUGCAGCUGCUUCUGAUCCUCAAAGUAGUUUGGUACGUUUGGCUGCUCCUUUGCAGCUAACCAAGAACCUUGCAAAUGUUUUGCCGAGUUCCCAAGUAGUUACCACUUCACCAGUGGUUCCACCCUGUAACAACCAGCCAGUUGCAAGUCAAGCCGACCAAGUGAUAGUAGAGGCAGCUUCAGGAGAGUUGAAUGAUUCAGAGACCACCUCUCUUUUGGUUUCUGAAGUAGGCAGCGAGAAAGGUACCAGACAAUCAGCCAAUCCUUGGGGAGAUGUUGACCACUUAUUUGAUGGCUAUAACGAUGAGCAAAAGGCAACCAUCCAAAAAGAGAGAUCAAGGAGGAUAGCAGAACAGAAUAAAAUGUUUGCUGCUAGGAAGCUUUGUCUUGUCCUUGAUUUGGACCAUACCCUACUUAAUUCUGCAAAGUUUAUAGAAGUUGAUCUGGCUCACGAAGAUAUUUUGAGGAGAAAAGAAGAGCAAGAUAAAGAGAUGUCACAACGACAUCUUUUCCGCUUCCAACAUAUGGGAAUGUGGACAAAAUUGAGACCAGGCAUCUGGAAUUUUCUGGAGAAGGCUAGCAACCUCUAUGAACUUCAUUUAUAUACCAUGGGAAACAAACUCUAUGCUACAGAAAUGGCAAAGGUGCUAGAUCCAACAGGGACAUUGUUUGCUGGCCGGGUCAUCUCUAAGGGAGAUGAUGCUGAUACUUUUGAUGGUGAUGAAAGGGUUCCCAAAAGCAAAGAUCUAGAUGGUGUUUUGGGUAUGGAAUCAGCAGUGGUGAUUAUUGAUGACUCUGUUAGAGUAUGGCCACACAACAAACUCAAUUUGAUUGUUGUGGAGAGAUAUACCUACUUUCCUAGUAGUAGGCGCCAAUUUGGACUUCUUGGACCUUCUCUUCUUGAGAUUGAUCACGAUGAGAGGCCAGAAGAUGGUACACUUGCUUCUUCAUUGGCGGUCAUUGAGCGUCUUCACCAGAACUUCUUCUCGCACAACUCCUUAAAAGAUGUUGACGUCCGUAAUAUACUUGCAGCCGAGCAACGAAAAAUUCUUGCUGGUUGUCGUAUAGUUUUUAGUCGGAUUUUCCCAGUUGGGGAAGCAAAUCCUCAUAUGCAUCCUCUGUGGCAGACAGCUGAACAGUUUGGUGCCGUCUGCACUAACCAAAUUGAUGAACAGGUUACUCAUGUUGUAGCCAAUUCUCUUGGAACCGACAAGGUGAAUUGGGCUCUAUCCACAGGAAGAUUUGUUGUUCAUCCUGGCUGGGUGGAAGCUUCAGCUCUUCUCUAUCGUCGAGUCAGCGAGCAUGACUUUGCAGUUAAAACCAUGAUAGACUCAUCAUACAAAACUUCAACCCAAUUGACUCUUGUCAACUAAAUCGUUAAAUUGGGUGCUAAAGAAAUGGUGAAGGAAGUUACUAAUGACACAUCUAAAUUAACUUUCACCACCCCUAAUCCGUCGAAACACAACCAAUCAACAUGAGAAGCUAAAGCGUUGAUUUUGGUAGUAUCACCUGUGGACUGCGUGAAUGGCGAGAAAGAUAUAACAAGUGAAAAAAAAAGAACCAGAUAGCUUUUAGUUAAAGUCAUAAAGAGUGGUAUAAGGUGAUUUUAGUAUAACGAGCAACUAAUCACCCAACACGAAUGCAAGUUUAACCGUUUCUUACAAGUGCAUAGGUGUUGAAAAUUUUUAAGUUGCAAGCCAGUGAAAAAGGUUUUCCCUGGAUCAGUGGAUAAAGGCAUCGAGUGGGUUAUUUUCAAUGUUUGUCUAGUGAGUAAUAAUACAGGAGAGCAUUUCCUUGGACA